UGUAUGUGUUGUGUAACAAUGAGUAAACGAAGCAGAAAAAUUGUUGAACUUGCUUUGAGAGAUGCUGAAAUGUCAGGUGACGAAUCUGACCCCUUUAGUUCACUUGAUUCCGAUCUUGAUCCCAUGUUUUUGCCAACCAGUGAUGAAGAAAUAUUAUCCAGUUCAGAUUUCUCAGACAUAGAAGCAUCUUCAGACAUGUUUUCUCAGAAAAUAACAUUGUCCAAACCCAAGUCAAAUAUUAAACGCAAAUUGCAAUCAUCCAAAAUCACUUCAAAGAAAUUGUGUACGAGGAAUGUUUUGGAACAACCAAGCUGUUCUACAUCACUUUUGCCCGAUGAUGCCUCUGAGGAGGAAGAAGAAGUUGCUGAUGCUACAGCCACAAUUCCAUUUACAGCAACAGACGACAAUAUGUUAUCUAAAAAUUUGGAAAGGGAACAGAACAAUAUUUCAUCUGAACAAUUGGAAGAAUUUUUUGAUGUUGAAACUUUAGCUCAAACUCAAUUAGCAGAUACUGACGAUAUCCAGGAAAAUGAGGUUGGAGCAAAUCAAAAUGUUCUAGAACAUACGUGGACGCAGCCAAUUGGAAAUCAUCACGAAUUUGAAUACUCUGCGGAAGAUGGAUUAUGUGGCAAUUACGCUGCAAUCCUUAUAAAUGAUUUAUCGCCUUAUAAGUGUUUUCGUACUUUCGUUGAUGAUGAAAUAAUUGACGAGAUUGUAAAUCAAACAAACUUAUAUGCUACUCAAAUAUUGUGUGAUUCCAACGAUAUUACCAAUGAUUCAAGACUACAGAGAUGGGUUCCGACCGAUAAAAAAGAAAUGAUUAGAUUUCUUGGUAUAGUUGCUUACAUGGGUCUGGUAAAAAUGCCUUCUUUGGAAAAGUAUUGGAGCAACGACGACCUAUAUAAAAAUGUUAUUAUACCAAAAACUAUGUCCCGAAAUAGAUUUCAGCUGCUUCUUAGAAUGUGGCACUUUUCGGAUAAUGAAAGAUGUCCAGAAGGAGAUCGUUUAUUCAAGGUGCAGCCAUUACUAGAAAAACUUAUCAAAAAUUUUCAAAAAGUUUAUACUCCAGGUCGAACAUUUUGUGUAGAUGAGUCUAUCGUUCCAUUUCAAGGAAGAUUGAUAUUCAAACAAUAUAUUCCCCAGAAAACGCACAAAUACGGAGUAAAACUUUUUAAAUUAUGCGGUGGCAAUGGAUAUACAUGGAAUCUACGCAUAUAUGCUGGAAAGGAAACAAGGGAGGGCAACGCUUCUGUACCAACUAACAUUGUCAUUAAUCUCUCAAAGGACCUACUAAAUUCAGGACGAACUAUUAUUGCUGAUAACUAUUAUACAAGUCUUGAACUAACAAAUAUUUUGUUGGAAAAUAAAACACAUUAUAUUGGUACAUUGAGAGCUAACCGGCGUGGAAAUCCGAAAGAUGUCAUACUCAAAAAGUUAAAAAGAGGGGAAGUAUUUGGACAGGAAAACGAAAAAGGUGUAUGCGUCUUGAAGUGGAAAGAUAAGAGGGAUGUUCUUCUUCUCACUACUAAGCACACUACAGAAACCGUAGCCAUACAGCGACGCAGUGGUGUGGUUCAUAAACCGAAGGCAAUAAUUGAAUAUAAUAAAGGAAAGUCAUCUAUUGACCAAUCUGAUCAAAUGACCUCUUAUAAUUCAUCGUUAAGAAAAUCACUAAAGUGGUAUCGAAAACUAGCGAUAGAAUUCAUUCUGGGGACAGCGGUUGUAAAUUCUCACAUAAUAUACAACCAACUUGCUAACAAAAAAGUAAAAAUUACAGAGUUUCGGGAAGAAUUAGUGAGAUCCCUGCUAACUUAUGAUGAGAUAAAUGAUGAUGAAAGUGAAACAACACAAUCGACGUCAACGAAAUCAGCACAAAUUCAUAAGCUACUUAAAAAAGAAGGGCCUUUUAAUAAAGCCAGAAGAUAUUGUAGAGGCUGUUAUGCAAAAAAAACUUCGUGGAGAAAUAUCCAAAAAUCGUGUAAAAAAAGUUGUGACCUAUUGCGAUAUUUGCGAGGACAAGCCUCACUUUUGUUUGGAUUGUUAUAAUAUACAUUCAAAGUAGUUAUAUUAAUUUGUUCAUAGUAUAAUGUAGCCUUUUUUCUUGUGUGUAGUAGAUUUACUUUAAUUUUUUAUUAAAAAAUAAAAAUAAAUAAAAA